UAAUUCCUAAGGAUUUCAAAUUAGAAAACACCAUUGGAGAUACAAUUUUGAUUAGAAUCCUUAACUAUUCAAAUUUAAAAAAAAAAUAGUUUAAUAAUGUUAAGGACUCCAAUGGUGAUAACACCAUUGGAGAUGCUCUAAUGCUGAUGCUCUAAAGCCCAUUAAGAAGAGCUUAUUAUAAAAUUAUAAGAAACCCUGAAUGGUGCGUAUACCUUGCCUAGCUAGCUUUUAUUUUAUCUCUACAUUUCUGUCGGCGUUUCAGACAAGGGGUUAAAAAGAUGAUGAAGAACGUCAAGAAGGCGUCGCCAGAGUUCGCGACAUCUGAAACGUUCGUGUGGUGGGACAUGGACAGCUGUCCACUCCCCAGUGGUUAUGACCCAUGUCGGCUGGGUCCGAGAAUAGACACGGAGUUGAAGAAUCUAGGCUACAAUGGUCCGCUCACCAUCAUUGGCAUUGGUAACCUGGAUGGAGUCCCUCACGACUUCCUGAAAGCGCUCUCUUCCGGUGGAGUCGUUAUUAAACAGCUUCAACUAGGAUCCAACAUGAUUCUAUGUGUGAACGAGGCUUUGAAUUCGUCUGAAAGUCGUUUUCAACCUCCGUUGACAAUGAUGGUCAUAUCUGCCGUCCAUGCUGAUCUAUUGGAAGAAGUCGUUUCCGUGUUUUAUAUUCGUGGCGCCCUUUACAAUCUUCUUCUGGCUUAUCCAUACGUUACCGAACAUGCUGACCCAGAGCCUUCCUCCUUACUAGUCGACAACUUUGGUGGAGAGUGGGUCUGGGAUAGGUUUGGCUUACUCAAAGAUUCAGGGUCUGCCAAUGAGAUUAGGAGACAGGACACAGGCUGUGAAAUGCAUUUUUGCGGAUUAUGCGAUCUUUCUUUUCCCAGCUUUGAUGAUUUCACCACGCACUUCAAAACUCCCCCACAUACAGAUAAGAUGGAUAAGUAUCUUAGUUACCUUGCGUGGAAGUUUAAUCGUGAAGCAGAAUCUUAUGAGGCCCAUAAGCUUAGAGAGCCUUAUCUUGCAAAAGUGAAGGCAAAAAGGCUAGAGUUUAUAGAGUUUGACAAUUAUUUUAAAGAUGAUGAUGAGGAUGAUGAUAUUCCCAAGACUGAGAAGUCAAAAAGGUUGAAGAAGCCUAAGAUGCAAUCAAAGGGAAAAAGAUUCAAGUUUGGCCUUCUUUGUAAGUCUUCCUCUCUAAAGAAAAAUCCUACUGCCAAGGCGAAGAAGUUAUCAAAGAAGCUAUCAAAGGCAACUAUAAAGCUAUCAAAGGCACGUUUUUGUAACAAAUCUGUUUUCUCAUAAACUACGACUAAAACAUUUAGAGCACCCCCAAUGGGGCUAUUUUAAGAACCUUUUGGUUAGAACGCCCCAUUGGGGGGUGCACUUACAUCUCUCAUUUUGGUUUACUGGAUUUUCUUUUUUGGGUGCUACAACAUUGCAGUUGGAGAUUCCAGAAGAAGCUUAGUGCUCCUUUCCAAAGAAUGCUACUACAAUGUUCUCCUAGAGAGGCGUCUUUUAUCUUAAUGAAAGAGAGUUGUCUUGUUGUUCUUUAAAGGCCAUUUCGUAUGGUGAAAAGUUUGUACUACUUGUACUAUUAGUUGCUGUUUUCAAGUCUUGUUUUAAAUUGUAUGUUAGCUAAUACUUUAUCAACGCCUUGUUAAAUUCCAUCUAUAUUGUAGCUGCAUAGUAUAUGCUCGAUCA